ACCCGUGGAGAUCAGCAAGUAGCCCUUUCAUGAACAAGUCUUUUAUGCGCUUGGAUUCGAGGCCGAAAUUUGUUAUCAAUAAGAUUUUAAAGGAUAUAAAUAAUGGAGCAAAAAUAAUGAAAACGAAGAGAAUAAAUUAUGGAAGUUUUCCAAAAUCUGUUAAUCGUUUUCAUGUUCAUGUUAAUCUUAUUUGAUUUGCAACUGCAUGGAUACCGCAUUGGAAAACUGCGGAAAGGAGAAUACUUCAGAGACAUAAAGCGUGAUGAAAUACCUGACCCACAAUGGACAAGACAGGGAAAUGGAAAAAUGUACUCAAUGACAGCAGCAAAAAAUGGAUUUUACGAAAACAGUGAUAUCUGUGAAAGUGCAGGGGGCUAUCUAGCAACAGUGACAAACGUGGUUGAUCAAGUGUCAUUGAAUGGCUUUAUCAAGAAAUCAAACUCCCCAAAUGAACAGUUUUUCUGGAUAGGUCUUAAUGUAGAAGGCUCAAACCAAUGGAUAUGGCACAAAACCAAGCUACUUGUAAUGAACUUCAUGAACUGGUCGCCAAGACAACCAGCAAAUAACAAUGCUUUGCAAGAUUGUGGUGCAGCAGGACAGGACGGUACAUGGUUUUCAGUGGAAUGUGACGAAAAGCAUUUUGGGAUUUGCGAAAAAGUCGAUCAGAAAUCGGCGAAUGCACUGACACCCACAACGAGACCAAUCACUGAUACUACCGCUUCUACAACUGCAAAGCCAAAUGCAGUAACAGCCUCUCCUAACGAGGCAGCUGUCUCACAGGGAAAUAAGCCUUCAAAGGAAAUGAAAGAAGGGAGCUUUGAAAAGCACCCAAAGUUGGAGAAAUCUGGAGAAGCUGAGAAAGAGAAAUUCAAUAACGGUGAACGUUGCAACCUGAUAAAGUUUAUUAACAAUUACGGAAAGCCAGUGACCAUUACGAGGAGUGUCAGAAGUCAGGAAAAGAAGCAAUUUGUGAUUGAAGGAAAGAUGUACAAACUGAACACAGUGUUUCAAAAAGUACAGAAUAUCGUCCGGAUGGAGCCCGUUGUUUAUUCAGCAAAAGAUUCUAAGAAGGAUUCGAAUCUUUUGCUGGACGGGAAGGACUCAUUCACUUUAAUGCCCGGAGAUUGUGAUGGAGAAUUCGUUGAAGUCGAAAUUUCUUCACCGGCAAAACCAGAAGGGAUAAUAUUACAUGACAAAAUGGAACAUAAAGAAAACGAAAAAGUACCAAAUGAAGAAAGUGGAUUGAAAGAAGUAAAGCCUGCAACUGAAGUUCCCGGCAAGAAGUCAACAUGCAACGUCGAAACAUUUGGGGGAAAUUCUGAAAAUUCCUGUUGUCACUUCCCCUUCAAAUACGAUGGAAGGAUGUACCAUGACUGCACAUCAGUUAGAAAGAGGCAUCUAUGGUGUGGUACCACUAGAGACUACGACAGGGAUGCACUAUGGGGCUUUUGUUGUUUGGAGGGCGAAUGCACGUCAUAAAACUAUCCUUCACACGAACAAUCUAAACGAAACAAAACAAAUUAAUUCACAUAUAUUUUACAAAGCAUGAUAUAAAGUUUAACUUGAAAUUGUAUAUAGAUGAUAUUUUUUAGUUUAUAAAGAGCAGAAUAAGUUGCAUCAUCAGCAUAGUUAAAAAUUUAUUUCUCUUUCUUGGUAUGAUCCAUUUAUUAUAUCCAAGAUAUCCACGAAUUUUAUUGGUUGGUAAUUAAAAUUAGAUACAAUUCAAUAAGUUGUUUUACUUAGAAAUAGAAAAAAAACUCAUGGGUGGUUUCAAAAAACAAAUAAUAUUUAUGCAUAUGACCGGGGGUAGCAGAAUCCACAAAUCUGCUACUUUUCAUCACAUAAUCUGGAAACAUGUUUUAUGUUCCCGUCAAAUGAGCAGUUUUUUCAUCACAUGCCCAAUAGCAGAAGGUAACCAUAGAUGUCAUUUAUUUGUGCAAUAAAGAACUAAUGUUAUUUUAAAACAGUACAAAAAGACAGGCACAGCUUGUCAGAAAUCAGCAGGUAUCUUUCGAAUCUACUCCACAUAUUCGUCGAAACCCGACGUCUGCCAGAAUCUCUGGAACCGCAAAUCCGUACCAAAACAAUCAAAAUUUCGUAAUCCGUGUACAAAAAUACUGCCAAUCCGUGAAUCCGCAGAUCCAUACACUUCCCCAUUACAAAGAUAGCUGUAAAUGCAGCCUCUCUUGUUGGCAAAUGUCAAGUCGGUAAACCAACAUUUGAUAGAUCAUGACAAAGACAAUCAUAGGACCUUGUGCAUGAUUAGCAAACUUAAGUCCAUAUGCAAUUUAGUCAAUAUGAAAAAAUCAUUUAUUCAAUAACUUGUAUGUCAUAAAAAGUUAACCAUAUGUCCAUCUUUACUAUUCGCUUAUUUCAAUUCAUAUGGUAAACUUUAAGCCAUUUUUUAAAAAAUUUGACAAAUGGAGCUUAUAUCGGUAGUCCAUAGAACUGCCUUAUGAAGAAGAAUCAAAGAUACAGUGAAACCUCUAAUAACAGUCACCUUUGUGCAAGACUACCUUCUGAUCUGCAGCCAGUUGGUUUAUUGUUACAUUGUAAGCCAGUUGGAUUAUUUUAUAUAACUUUGAAACAUAUGUAAUAAGUAAAGCAAGUGUAUCAUCGAGUCACUCUCAAUGGAGAACAUUGCUUUAAUCACCCCCUAUCCAUAGUGGUCACCUCUAAGGGCCUGUUUACAUGGAGACAAGUUUUCCGGGUAGCAGAGUUUCCUGGCAAUACAGGCUCAAUCAACUGCCAGUGUUUACAUGUAGCUGGGAAACUUGAGCAGGCAGGAUGAAAUUUCUGCAAAAAAGGAAGUAAUAUGUGUUUGGCGCUAUGCAAAGAUGGGAAAAGAAAGUUUUGCAUCAGGAUGAUUCCAGCAAAAAUUUCCAAGAAUUUGAAACCGAUCUUGAUGAUAGAAAAAAACUUAUGUUUUAUUCUGCUGUUAUUUCAUCUGCAAUGAAUUUGUGCUCAUUUUUGGUUUGAGGAAAAGCAAAGGAUGAUAUUUU